AUGAUGAUGAUGAUGAUGGGCCGUGUGAUGUGUGUGUUGGCCGUUGUGCUGUGCUGUGCCUGCGGGUAUACCAUGGCGGCUGCUGCUGCUGUUGAUAAUGACAGUCCCAGUGGCCGUGGUGUAUCCCGUGGGGCUGUGGAGGUGUCGUGCGGGGCCGGCGGUGCGCUGCGUGUACGCCCCGCUGCUGAGAGCGAGUGGCUUACAUGCGGUGCGGGCAGCCGUGUGUCUGCAUGUGGGAAGUACGCAGACCUCUGCCGCCAGCGUACCGCAAGAGCAGCAACAAGAACAACGACAAGGACAGCAGUCACUGCUAGUGAAGGGAAAACUAAGCCGUACGCAGGUGAAGAUAAGGCUGGAAGUCAUUGGGAAUGGGAUGGUUUUCCUUUUCUUUCAGAAGACGACGAGAAAGAGAAGGCCAAUUGGGAGAAGUGUAAUAAGUCCGAAACACGUGAAGUUCCUGAAGUGAAAUGUUCGAUUUGGAAAGAAUUUAGGAAGGAGACUUCCAGUCAACCAAUCACCGUUAACCGUCGUGAACCACAUACACAACAGCAAGAACAACUAGUACAGAAUCAUGAACUCAUACCUAAUCAGCGGGAGGGCCUAACGAAUGGGGACCAUCCUGAGCAAGAUAACAGUGUGGUGGUUUCCCCUGGGGUGUCUGCAGAACGGAAAGAAGAGUUAACUCUUGUCCCAGCUCCAGAGCCUUCACCUACGAAAGCUGCAGAACCACAGAGUACACCAGAAGGUACACCAGAAUCAGAAAGAACUGAAAAUCCACCAACAGGGGAACACACAACUGAAGAGGUUGAUACCAAUCAAACAAACCCACAAACACAGUCUGAAAGUGCCCCAACAAGUUCAGAAGAAACAAAUACCACUACUCCACCGAGCUCCGAGAACACUACCACAGAAGCACCAACUGAAACACCAUCUCCUGUACCCAAUCCAGAGAUCAACACUAUUGCCUCCACUGUGCAGAAGAAUAAGGGUAACGUUGACAGCAGUCUCAGUCCUGUGUGGGUGCGCACUGCAGCACCGCUACUGAUUGUGGCUAUGUUGUUCUCCAUUACUGUGUACUAA